UAUAAAAAUACAGCAGCUGCAGAACCAAAUUCGUCUGGAGCAAGAAAGUGGCCAGUGGUAUCAUCACCACCAGCAACCUGAUCAUCAUCAGCACCCUCCCUCUUCUCCUUCCUUUCCUCCUCCCCCCUCCUUCCAGGAGCUUGAGUCCAGCCAGUCUGUCACCUCUCCUGUGCCAAUGAGUAUUCUUAACUCUCAUACUUCCCCAACCAUGCAGUCUUCCAGCUCCUUCAACUAUGCUCGGCCUAAGCAGUUCAUUGCUGCUCAGAACAUCAGCCCUGCUUCAGGUUAUGUGACUCCGUCUUCAGGAUCAUCUACAUCCAGCCUUCCUUCUCCCAUGUCUCCAACUGCUUCUCAGAAACAGUUUGGGAGAGUGCCUGUUCCCCCUUUCUCUCAGCAGUUUGCUCCAGAAGGGGAGUACGCCUGGUCUCCUUCUUCUCCAUCCCCUCCGCCCCCGCCUCCACCUGUCUUUAGUCCAACUGCGACAUAUCCGGUGUGUGAUUCCUUUCCACUUCCACCUCCUCCACCCCCUCCUCUUCCUUCACUUUCUUCACCUUCCCACAGCCUGUCUCCAACUCCCAGAUUUCCUAAUUCCGGCCAGUCUCCAGCAGCUUUUCUCAGCUCCAUGCUGCCAUCUCAGCCACCACCCAUUUCUGUCAACGCAUUAGGCCUUCCAAAAGGAGUGACGCCUCCGGGAUUUCCCAAGAAAACAGGCAGAACUGCUAGGAUAGCAUCAGAUGAAGAGAUUCAAGGGUCAAAAGAUGCUGUAAUUCAGGAUCUGGAAAGAAAACUUCGCUUCAAGGAAGACCUUUUGAACAACGGGCAACCGAGAUUAACGUAUGAGGAGAAAAUGGCUCGUCGAUUGCUGGGAGCAGACAGUGCCGCAACUGUCUUCAAUAUACAGGAACCAGAAGAGGAGCCUGCUAUACAGGAAGCUCGCUCUGUUGGUGCUUCUGUAGUGAGUCCUGUGGAUAUUCAAAAGGAGUAUAAAGUCUCCAGCUUUGAGCAAAGACUGAUCAGUGAAAUUGAAUACAGGCUGGAGAGAUCUCCUGUGGAAGAAUCAGAUGACGAGGUGCAACAUGGAGAUGAACCUAUUGAUAACAGUAUGUCACCAUAUUUUGAGAUAAAGCUGAAGCAUUACAAAAUCUUUGAGGGAAUGCCAGUCACAUUUACAUGCAAAGUGGCAGGAAAUCCAAAGCCAAAGAUUUAUUGGUUUAAAGAUGGGAAGCAAAUUUCUAAACGAAGUGAUCACUACCGAAUUCAAAGAGAACCUGAUGGAACUUGCUCGCUGCAUACUGCAGCCUCCACCCUGGAUGAUGAUGGGAAUUACACUAUUAUGGCUGCUAACCCACAGGGCAGAAUAAGUUGCACGGGCAGGCUGAUGGUGCAAGCUGUUAAUCAAAGAGGCCGCAGUCCUUGGUCACCUUCUGGUCAGCCUCAUAUAAGAAGACCACGAUCUCGAUCAAGGGACAGUGGUGAUGAAAAUGAACCAAUUCAGGAACGAUUCUUCCGGCCUCAUUUUCUGCAGGCUCCUGGAGACAUGACCGUUCAAGAAGGAAAACUGUGCAGAAUGGACUGCAAGGUUAGUGGAUUACCGACUCCAGAUUUAAGCUGGCAACUUAAUGGAAGACCAAUUCGUCCUGAUAGUUCUCACAAAAUGUUGGUGCGUGAGAAUGGUGUGCACUCCUUGAUCAUAGAACCAGUCACAGCCAGAGAUGCUGGAAUCUACACGUGCAUUGCCAGCAAUCGAGCUGGUGAAAAUACAUUCAGCCUGGAGCUCGUUGUUGCAGCCAAGGAAGUACAAAAAGCACCCGUGUUUAUAGAGAAGCUACAAAACACAGGCGUGACUGAAGGAUUCCCAGUGCGAUUGGAGUGUCGAAUCUCAGGGGAGCCAUCUCCUCAGAUAUUUUGGAAGAAAGAGAACGAGUCACUCACGUACAACACAGACCGAGUGAGCAUGCACCAGGAUAACUACGGCUACAUUUGCCUGCUUAUUCAGGGAGCUACAAAGGAGGAUGCUGGCUGGUACACUGUUUCAGCUAAGAAUGACGCUGGGAUUGUGUCUUGCACUGCCAGGUUGGAUGUUUAUACUCAGUGGCAACAACCACCUCAGACAACCAAGCCAAAGAAGGUGCGGCCGUCAGCCAGCCGAUACGCUGCACUUUGUGACCAAGGACUAGACAUCAAAGCAGCUUUCCAGCCUGAAGCAAAUCCAGUCCACCUGACAAUGCAAUCUGGCUUGGUAGAGAGUGAUGAUCUGUAGAUCCAGCUGCCACUUCCAUCAUUUUCUUUCAAAGCAGAAACACUGAAAGCCAUUGCCUUGACCAAUGAUACUCGUAUGUCACUUUAUGCAAAGGCAGACACCUGCAAGUACAAAAGAGAAACAACGAACACAAUAACCAUAUAUUCCUUAUUCAUUAUACCAAAUUAGAAGAAUAGAUAGAUUAAUAGAAAUGUACACAUUGCACAACAAAUCACCUUCACCAGUUCCUUAUACCUAAGUUGCUUCAGCUCUUACAAACAGCCCUUCUCAUAAAGGCCAAAAUAUAUCAGAGAGAGAGAUUUUUCAGAAGAGAACACUAUUUAUCACUACAUGCCUCCAUAAGCAAUAAGUAGAUGCCACACAAUCUUAAUGGUGCAAGAUGUUUUAUUUGAGGCCAUUAGAUCACAAAGAAAAUUAGAAUGUAUGGUUAGCUAGAGUUCUAAGAUGGCAAUGCAUUCUGAUCGCUACAAGGAAACAAGUGCAAUAUUGUAAGACUAAAACAGGAAGGGACAAAGAAGAGAAACAUAGGCAGAUGCUGUAUCUCUGCAAAUUGCUUUCUAUUCUACA